UUCUACCUGCAUGAGGAGGACCUGGGGAAGAACAGGGCUGAGGUGUCUCGGAUUCGCCUUGCUGAACUCAACAGCUACGUACCUGUAGUAGCAUACACUGGAGCGCUCACCGACGACUACCUGAUUCAGUUCCAGGUAAAACUACAUUACCCAUCAACCCCCCCCCUUACCUAGUUAAACUACAUUACACUGGAGCCAAAGACGGUACGGUAUCAAGAUAGGCUAAAACUGCUUCUCCUAUAGAAAUCCCUGAUCACACUUGUAGGCGACGUCAUGGCGACGUUGGCUAGCUAAGCUCAUGGGUAGAAACACGUCGUCGGGGUCUAACGGUCGUCUCGAGCCAAACUGUGCAUGUGCACGCAGUCAGUCACUCCUUCAAUAUGACGUUUUAUUUGACGAAAAAUGAAAACGUGUCAGUUUAUCACUUUCACAAAGUUGGAGUAAUAACAUUUUCAACUACUUAAAACAUUGCCUCUCAACUACUUAAAACAUUGCCUCUCAACUACUUAAAACAUUGCCUCUCAACUACUUAAAACAUUGGCUCUCAACUACUUAAAACAUUGGCUCUCAACUAGUUUGUGCCUUUUAGAUUUCUAUAAAAAUUGACUUCUCAAACCCUGCUCUGGUCUGCUUGGUCUGUUGGAAGUCUUGCAAUGUUGCACCUCUGGGUUUAGAAACUGUGCUGGAGCCCUUACCGACAACUACCUGACUCAGUUCCAAGUAAAACUACAUUACCCAUCAACCCCCUAACCUAGUUAAAGUGGAACUGACAGCGGUUUAACUACUUCGCAGAUAUGAAACAAUCAUAUCAGUCAAAUAUCAAAUUCCCAGUUUAUGCUACAAAACCAACUUCAUAAGAGGUUUUAAAAAUAGGUUCUAUUUGACUCAUAAUGUUUACUGAGGUAUUGUUGGCAGAAUAGAUGGAUGCAGUUCAAUGCAUGAUUAAUAUAAUUCACCAAUACAUUUCUUGGUUGUCCCAAAAAUAUUGCUAUCAGGUUGUAAAUCACAGCUGGCCUGGUACAUUGUUUGCUGCCUCCAUUCGGGAUGCUCUUUUCAGUUUCAAUAUUUUGGAAAAAAAUUGACGAAUGUAACUAAUGCUGGGAACGUCAAUACAAUCAAAUUAGCAAGGGCAAUGAUCACAAGUCAGUCAUAACGUGGCUAGUAGGCUAGCGUAUCUUUAUGUAACUAUUUAGUCAAGCUUAAAAACACGGCGCCUAACGUUAGCUAGGAGGAUGCCAUGUCAUUGGAGGAGUGGGCGAGUGACUGACUUUUCCCCCUCCAUAUUGUUUAAUUUUUUUUGGUGGCUACAGCUAGAGAUGCAGGUGUUAUUUUGUUAGCUAGCAAGAAAUUAUAAUCACUUUGCUAACAGAAAUUAUAAUCGCUUUGCUAACAGAAAUUAUAAUCGCUUUGCUAGCAAGAAAUUAUAAUCGCUUUGCUAGCAAGAAAUUAUAAUCACUUUGCUAGCUAUGUUGAACUGUUAUCCAGUUAGCAUAUCUCUUCCGUUCGUAAAUUCAUUCUGGCUAUCUACUCUAGCUCUGAUUGGCUAUGGCUCACCGGUCUGCGUAGACUCCGGUCCUGGACGAGACAGAUGUUUUUAUUAGGUUUUAUUUACUGCAGUGUCUUAAUUGUCCAAACACACGGCCGCUUUCCCACUCUAUAUUGCUAUAGAAGUUUCACAUGUCUUUAGUAUACGUCAUUCCCAAACAUUAUAUGCAUUUUUGAAAACUUGAAAAUGACCAUAUCGAAGUGUUCGCUUGUCAGAAGAAGAAGAAACGCUGUCAUAUAUGCCUGUAUCGCAAUAAUCUUAUUUAUCAGCAUUUUGCCUUUUUGGUGUCAUCACCUUCUGUGCUGUGUGCACUGUGCACCUUCCCACUCGCACAGACACCAAGUCCCUCCCCCUGCCACUCAGAACAAAGACUUAAAGAUCACUUCCUCUCUGACAACAAGCAGUUUCAACUCGCUAUUUGAGGUUUGGUCCAACAGAAUCGGUCAAUUCCCCUUGUAACCAUACUCGUAUGUGUCCCAAAAUGUAGAACAGAUUGUGAAAAAUGUAUGCUUAGUUUGUCUUGGGCUGCGUUACCGUUAACAGCAUUUUAGCCACAGACUUACAGUUGAAGUCGGAAGUUUACAUACACCUUAGCCAAAUACAUUUCAACUCAGUUUUUCACAAUUCCUGACAUUUAAUCCUAGUAAAAAGUCCCUGUCUUAGGUCAGUUAGGAUCACCACUUUAUUUUAAGAAUGUGUAAUGUCAGAAUAAUAGUAGAGAGAAUUAUUUAUUUCAGCUUUUAUUUAUUUCAUCACAUUCCCAGUGGGUCAGAAGUUUACAUACACUCAAUUAGUAUUUUGUAGCAUUGCCUUUUAAAUUGUUUAACUUGGAUCAAAUGUUUCGGGUAGCCUUCCACAAGCUUCCCACAAUAAGUUAGGUACAUCUUGGCCCAUUCCUCCUGACAGAGCUGGUGUAACUGAGUCAGGUUUGUAGGCCUCCUUGCUCGCACACACUUUUUCAGUUCUGCCCACACAUUUUCUAUAGGAUUGAGGUCAGGGUUUUGUGAUGGCCACUCCAAUACCUUGACUUUGUUGUCCUUAAGCCAUUCUGCCACAACUUUGGAAGUAUGCUUGGGGUCGUUGUCCAUUUGGAAGACCCAUUUGUGACAAAGCUUUAACUUCCUGACUGAUGUCUUGAGAUGUUGCUUCAAUAUAUCCACAUUAUUUUCCUUCCUCAUGAUGCCAUCUAUUUUGUGAAGUGCACCAGUCCCUCCUGCAGCAAAGCACCCCCACAGCAUGAUGCUGCCACCCCGUGCUUCACGGUUGGGAUGGUGUUCUUCGGCUUGUAAGCAAACAUAAAGAUGGUCAUUAUGGCCAAACAGUUCUAUUUUUGUUUCAUCAGACCAGAGGACAUUUAUCCAAAAAGUACGAUCUUUGUCCCCAUGUGCAGUUGCAAACCAUAGUCUGGCUUUUUUAUGGCGGUUUUGGAGCAGUGGCUUCUUCCUUGCUGAGCGGCCUUUCAGGUGAUGUCGAUAUAGGACUCAUUUUACUGUGGAUAUAGAUACUUUUGUGCCUGUUUCCUCCAGCAUCUUCACAAGGUCCUUUGCUGCUGUUCUGGGAUUGAUUUGCACUUUUCGCACCAAAGUACGUUCAUCUCUAGGAGACAGAACGCGUCUCCUUCCUGAGCGGUAUGACGGCUGCGUGGUCCCAUGGUGUUUAUACUUGCGUACUAUUGUUUGGACAGAUGAACGUGGUACCUUCAGGCGUUUGGAAAUUGCUCCCAAGGAUGAACCAGACUUGUGGAGGUCUACAAUUUUUUUCUGAGGUCUUGGCUGAUUUCUUUUGAUUUUGCCAUGAUGUCAAGCAAAGAGGCACUGAGUUUGAAGGUAGGCCUUGAAAUACAUCCACAGGUACACCUCCAAUUGACCCAAAUGAUGUCAAUUAGCCUAUCGGAAGCUUCUAAAGCCAUGACAUCAAUUUCUGGAAUUUUCCAAGCUGUUUAAAGGCACAGUCAAUUUAGUGUAUGUAAACUUCUGACCCACUGGAAUUGUGAUACAGUGAAUUAUAAGUGAAAUAAUCUGUCUGUAAACAAUUGUUGGAAAAAUUACUUGUGUCAUGCACAAAGUAGAUGUCCUAACCGACUUGUCAAAACUAUAGUUUGUUAACAAGGCAUUUGUGGAGUGGUUGAAAAACGAGUUUUAAUGACUUCAACUGUAUGUGCUGUCUUUGUUUUUAUAAAUGUGCAAUGAGCAUAAAAAUAUGUAUUUACAUAAGGAAUUGGCAACCCGUUCUCAUUCUGAGAAAUAAGCAUCUUAUCCAGGUAGGCCUCUUGAUUUCAACAUCCUAAACAAAGUGAACAGUUGGAGACGGACAGGAGGGUGCGUUCAUAACAGUUCCAACUGGUGAAUAGAUCCAAGUUGGCUAGACUUUAAAUAUAAAGAAUAUCUGGCUACUCACUAGCAUGUGGGCUUUGUGCUUGAGUGUUUUAUAAGACCUGUGUACAUUUUCUAUGCCUGUUACCAGAAGGUGGUCAUUAUUAGUGGAAAACAUUUCUUUGCCCAUAUUUAACCCCUUUUUUUUGGCACUAAACUACUUCCAUAUAUGUGACCGACCAUCUCGAUUCGAUGUUGAAAUGUUUUAUUUGAUUUUAUAUUGGAUAAAAGUAGAGACUCAGUUACAAAAUUUUAUCAUACACUGCAGUUGAGGAACAAUGCAAAGUAAUUCUGCUUUGAAAGUAGAUAAACUUGUAACCCCACUUUUUGAGAAAUGGCCCUUUUUUUUAUGUUUUGGUACACCCUCUUAAGCCUUAGCCCCACCCAUGUCUUUAAGGUGUCACAUGUGAGGCCAUGUGCUAAACAGAGUGAGUAGUUUAGUAAACAACCAAAGAUUUCAAGACAAAGUUGUAGCCUACAAUAAGGAAAAACUCCAGGUAAAAAUACACUUUAUCUAGUCCUUGGUCUAUAUCCUAAUCAGACUUUGGUGCAGGUCAUGUUGUUCUUCACAUUACCGUCUCUGUUAAACACACACUAUAUCAAAUACAAUCUAUGUUUAUUUGUCACAUGCACAGGAUACAGAAGGUGUAAACGGUACAGUGAAAUGGUUAUUUGCAUAAUAGCAAUUUCAAAAAUACAAAGUGUCCAGAUAUAAAUGUUUUAUGAUGUAUUAGAUGAUGCUUACCCAGACACACUUGUCUGAAUUGAUGGGUCAUGUGAAAGACAUGUCCUGGCUUGUUAACCAGUCUGUAGCCUGUAGCUUGUAGCCCUGACCAACCCUCACUAGAGGAGCAGCAGUGUGUUAAACGGCCCUAAAAAAUUAUUAUGUGUGUAUAUGUUAAUGAUACGAAAAAUGCAUACAAUUCUACGUGAAUUCACAUUGCAGCUGUGCUGCUGCCAGCAACGGUUUGGGUCUCACGGUGCGUCCCCUUUUCAGAUGGUGAAGCAUUGCACCUGUACUACCAAUUACUGUACCUCAAUUCCACCUCGCAAUGUUUGCAUUUCCUUCUCAUUUAACUCCACAAAGUAUUUCCGUACAGGACUUCACUGCUGUCGCUGGCCUUUCUCUGCCGUUUUUCCAACUAUUAACGGCGAUGAGGUAGUGGUGAAGUCGAUUCCAAAAUAAUUGAUUCGUCGACUCCUUGCACAUUGACUCCCAUUUCUGAGUAUCAAGAUUCGAUUCCGCUAGGAAUUCAGUAUUUUUGGGAAGGGAGGAGACCGAUUUAGUUGCGGUACUUCCAAGAACACAUACACAUCUUUCAUAGUGAGGGAUGGAGAGCGAGGGGAGGGGCACGGCAUAGGCAGGUCGGCCACCAGACAGUCAGAACCCUGCACUAGGCCUAUCUAUCAGUAUAGGCAGGUCAGCCACCAGACAGACAGACAGACAACCGUGAACUAGGCCUAUCUAUCAGUAUAGGCAGGUUGGCCACUAGACAGACAGUCAGAACCAUGCACUAGGCCUAUCUAUCAGUAUAGGCAGGUCAGCCACCAGACAGACAGACAGACAACCGUGAACUAGGCCAAUCUAUCAGUAUAGGCAGGUCAGCCACCAGACAGACAGACAGAACCGUGAACUAGGCCUAUCUAUCAGUAUAGGCAGGUCAGCCACCAGACAGUCAGAACCGUGCACUAGGCCUAUCUAUCAGUAUAGGCAGGUCAGCCACCAGACAGUCAGAACCGUGCACUAGGCCUAUCUAUCAGUAUAGGCAGGUCGGCCACCAGACAGUCAGAACCCUGCACUAGGCCUAUCUAUCAGUAUAGGCAGGUCAGCCACCAGACAGACAGAACCCUGCACUAGGCCUAUCUAUCAGUAUAGGCAGGUCAGCCACCAGACAGACAGACAGACAACCGUGAACUAGGCCAAUCUAUCAGUAUAGGCAGGUCAGCCACCAGACAGUCAGAACCGUGCACUAGGCCUAUCUAUCAGUAUAGGCAGGUCAGCCACCAGACAGACAGUCAGAACCGUGCACUAGGCCUAUCUAUCAGUAUAGGCAGGUCAGCCACCAGACAGUCAGAACCCUGCACUAGGCCUAUCUAUCAGUAUAGGCAGGUCGGCCACCAGACAGACAGAACCCUGCACUAGGCCUAUCUAUCAGUAUAGGCAGGUCAGCCACCAGACAGACAGAACCGUGCACUAGGCCUAUCUAUCAGUAUAGGCAGGUCAGCCACCAGACAGACAGAACCCUGCACUAGGCCUAUCUAUCAGUAUAGGCAGGUUGGCCACUAGACAGACAGUCAGAACCGUGCACUAGGCCUAUCUAUCAGUAUAGGCAGGUCAGCCACCAGACAGACAGACAGACAACCGUGAACUAGGCCAAUCUAUCAGUAUAGGCAGGUCAGCCACCAGACAGACAGACAGAACCGUGAACUAGGCCUAUCUAUCAGUAUAGGCAGGUCAGCCACCAGACAGUCAGAACCGUGCACUAGGCCUAUCUAUCAGUAUAGGCAGGUCAGCCACCAGACAGACAGUCAGAACCGUGCACUAGGCCUAUCUAUCAGUAUAGGCAGGUCAGCCACCAGACAGUCAGAACCGUGCACUAGGCCUAUCUAUCAGUAUAGGCAGGUCAGCCACCAGACAGACAGUCAGAACCGUGCACUAGGCCUAUCUAUCAGUAUAGGCAGGUCAGCCACCAGACAGACAGAACCCUGCACUAGGCCUAUCUAUCAGUAUAGGCAGGUCGGCCACUAGACAGACAGUCAGAACCGUGCACUAGGCCUAUCUAUCAGUAUAGGCAGGUCAGCCACCAGACAGACAGACAGACAACCGUGAACUAGGCCAAUCUAUCAGUAUAGGCAGGUCAGCCAGCAGACAGACAGAACCGUGAACUAGGCCAAUCUAUCAGUAUAGGCAGGUCAGCCAGCAGACAGACAGACAGAACCGUGAACUAGGCCUAUCUAUCAGUAUAGGCAGGUCAGCCACCAGACAGACAGACAGAACCGUGAACUAGGCCAAUCUAUCAGUAUAGGCAGGUCAGCCACCAGACAGACAGUCAGAACUGUACACUAGGCCUAUCUAUCGGCAAUCAAAAGCUGUGUAUCGCAAUUUCUUGGCUUUCAAUGUCUCGCGACCUCAGUAAAGCAGGGCCUAUCAUCAAUGAAAAGGCUGGGAUAUUCUACAGGGAACAGACUGAAGACUGAACACACUCAUCAAGAGGAAGAGCAGGGGCGUAAUCGUUAGUCCCUUACUGUAGGGUACUGUAGUGUAUACUAUAUAACAUGGUACUGUAGUGUAUACUAUAUAACAUGUCGUAGUGUAUACUAUAUAACAUGUCAUACUGUAGUGUAUACUAUAUAACAGGGUACUGUAGUGUAUACUAUAUAACAUGUCGUACUGUAGUGUAUACUAUAUAACAGGGUACUGUAGUGUAUACUAUAUAACAGGGUACUGUAGUGUAUACUAUAUAACAUGUCUUACUGUAGUGUAUACUAUAUAACAUGGUACUGUAGUGUAUACUAUAUAUAACAUGGUACUGUAGUGUAUACUAUAUAACAUGGUACUGUAGUGUAUACUAUAUAACAGGGUACUGUAGUGUAUACUAUAUAACAUGGUACUGUAGUGUAUACUAUAUAACAGGGUACUGUAGUGUAUACUAUAUAACAGGGUACUGUAGUGUAUACUAUAUAACAUGUCGUACUGUAGUGUACUGUAGUGUAUACUAUAUAACAGGGUACUGUAGUGUAUACUAUAUAACAUGGUACUGUAGUGUAUACUAUAUAACAUGUCGUACUGUAGGGUACUGUAGUGUAUACUAUAUAACAUGGUACUGUAGUGUAUACUAUAUAACAUGGUACUGUAGUGUAUACUAUAUAACAGGGUACUGUAGUGUAUACUAUAUAACAUGGUACUGUAGUGGUAUACUAUAUCACAGGGUACUGUAGUGUAUACUAUAUAACAGGGGUACUGUAGUGUAUACUAAUAACAUGUCGUACUGUAGUGUACUGUAGUGUAUACUAUAUAACAGGGGUACUGUAGUUAUACUAUAUAAACAGGGGUACUGUACGUGUAUACUAUAUAACAUGUCGUAGUGUAUACUAUAUAACAUGGUACUGUAGUGUAUACUAUAUAACAGGGUACUGUAGUGUAUACUAUAUAACAGGGUACUGUAGUGUAUACUAUAUAACAUGGUACUGUAGUGUAUACUAUAUAACAUGGUACUGUAGUGUAUACUAUAUAACAGGGUACUGUAGUUUAUACUAUAUAACAUGUCUGUGUGUUGUGUUGCAGGUUGUAAUCCUGACCAACUCCCCCCUAGAGGAGCAGCAGAGUAUUGGAGAGGUCUGUCACAGUAACGGCAUCAAGCUGGUGAUCGCUGACACACGGGGACUCUUCGGACAGCUCUUCUGUGACUUUGGAGAGGAGAUGCUGGUGAUUGAUACCAACGGAGAGCAGCCUCUCUCUGCCAUGAUCUCCAUGAUCACCAAGGUUAGUACCCUACUCCACCCUAGAUCCUAAACCCUACACCCUAGACUACAAAUGUUUGGCAAAAGGUCUGAUCUGAUUGGACCUAAGACGUUAAGUUAGUCCACCGCUAGGUGUGUAGUGUUUCAACUAUAUGCAUUUGGCUGAUAAAUCGUGGCCACCACUUAAUUUUUGUGGUCAUUUUUAGGGACGGUAAAACAUUGUAAACUUAAACGACUAAAACCAGAUAUAGUACGUAGAAAAGAUAAUGGGCCUGUAUAUUUUUAAAUAAGAUCAUCUUUGAGAGCUAACAAUUACCUAAAUAAGAAAUAGACUGUCAGGGAGAAUCUAAAAUAGCACGGAGGUUGGUACCCUACUAGAUAGACCCUACACCCUAAGUGCUAUGAUCUCCAUGAUCACCCAGGUUGGUACCCUACUAGAUAGACCCUACACCCUAAGUGCUAUGAUCUCCAUGAUCACCCAGGUUGGUACCCUACUAGAUGGAUCAUAUCUGGUUGGUGGUGUGCUCAUUGACAUCUGAUUACCACUCAUCCUGGUUUUCUAUGUUGUACUGAUCUCAUACCUGCUUCAGAUUAGUUUCUCUGUCUAUGUAGGGGACAUUUUGUGCCUAUCAAAUCCCCUUCUCUUGUCGGUGUAAGACGCCCCCGGUCAACUCAAUCUGUCUCUUGUCGGUGUAAGACGCCCCCGGUCAUCUCAAUCGGUCUCGACGGCGUAAGACGCCCCCGGUCAUCUCAAUCUCUCUCUCGUUGCUGUAAGACGCCCCCGGUCAUCUCAAUCUCUGUCUCGUCGGCGUAAGACGCCCCCGGUCAUCUCAAUCUCUCUCUCGUCGGCGUAAGACGCCCCCGGUCAUCUCAAUCUCUCUCUCGUCGGCGUAAGGGCGUAAGACGCCCCCUGUCAUCUCAAUCUCUCUCUCGUUGCUGUAAGACGCCCCCGGUCAUCUCAAUCGGUCUCGACGGCGUAAGACGCCCCCGGUCAUCUCAAUCUCUGUCUCGUCGGCGUAAGACGCCCCCGGUCAUCUCAAUCUCUCUCUCGUUGCUGUAAGACGCCCCCGGUCAUCUCAAUCUCUGUCUCGUCGGCGUAAGACGCCCCCGGUCAUCUCAAUCUCUCUCUCGUCGGCGUAAGGGCGUAAGACGCCCCCUGUCAUCUCAAUCUCUCUCUCGUUGCUGUAAGACGCCCCCGGUCAUCUCAAUCUCUCUCUCGUCGACAUAAGGGCGUAAGACGCCCCCAGUCAUCUCUGUCUCGUCGCUGUAAGAUGCCCCCAGUCAUCUCAAUCUCUCUCUCGUCGGCGUAAGACGCCCCCGGUCAUCUCAAUCUCUCUCUCGUCGGCGUAAGGGCGUAAGAUGCCUCCAGUCAUCUCAAUCUCUGUCUCGUUGGCGUAAGGGCGUAAGACGCCCCCGGUCAUCUCAAUCUCUCUCUCGUCGGCGUAAGACGCCCCCGGUCAUCUCAAUCUCUCUCUCGUCGGCGUAAGACGCCCCCGGUCAUCUCAAUCUCUUGUCGGUGUGUGUAUGUGUGUGUGUAGGACGCUGCAGGCGUUGUGACGUGUCUAGACGAGGCUCGCCACGGGUUUGAGAGCGGAGACUUUGUGACCUUCACCGAGGUGCAGGGCAUGACGGAGCUCAACGGGUGCCAGCCAGUAGAAAUCAAGACCCUGGGUGAGUCAUAUCCCUUAUAGCAAUACUUAGUACGGUCAUAGCCUGGUCUCAGAUCUGAGGGUUAUCCUACGAAGCAAGCUAGAUCUACUCAGGGUUUUCUAAAGCUAGCCAGCUUCAGUUAGCUUCCCAUUCCAGCUCAGGCUUCAUCUGUACUACGACAGUAGAUAUUACUCAUCCACCUGCCGCUAACUCUAGCAGGCUUGUAACUGUGCGUGCGUGUCGGUCGUGGCUAGUCUUUUAGAAGAGCCGUCUUUAUUUUAUUACUUAUCGUUAAUGCAGUGUUUGGUGUGCUUCCCACUCCUAUCAAUUUAAAAUAAUUGUAUUAAGUCAUACAUUAUUAAAUGUUUAUUGUGAUAUAUUUUAACAUUACAAUAUAACACAUUUGAUUAAUAAAAUAUUUAAUCAGUCUUCCUCAAAUGAAGGGGAAGAUGAUGCAAUCUUUGCAAUUGGGAAGGAAUCUGAUUUCAUUAGUCCUCAACUCGCGGCUGUCAUUUCAUUCAGGAUAGUGGAGUUAGCUUAGCCGUGAGUUAGCCUGCCCCAGUGCAAUUUAAAUCUGAAGGAUUCAUUGCCAUCGAAAUGUACCUGGCUAAAAGGUGAGGCAGUUUCGCAUGACCGGUUAUCCCGAGUUGAACUCCUCAAACCUGCUUCGUAGGAUACCCCUCUGUUUGUUUUGUCUUGGGCUGGCACCAUAGCGCCAUCAACAGCACUUAGUACUGGCGUGGCAAUGACAGAAGGUGGCUAGACUGCUGAAACGGUCCUGGGACCAUGCUGCUGUCAUGGUAUUGGGGGCAUCAACAGUCUUCAGGGAAUGGAAGACCUCUUCUUACGGUCAGGCGUUCUCUUCCUCUCUCUCUCUUUCUCUCUCUCUCUCUCUCUGUCUCUCUCUCUCUCGUGUCUCUCUCUCGUGUCUCUCUCUGUCUCUCUCGUGUCUCUCUCUGUCUCUCUCUCCAGGCCCAUACACCUUCAGUAUCUGUGACACCACAGGGUUCUCUGACUACGCCAGGGGAGGCAUCGUCUCUCAGGUCAAGAUGCCCAAGAAGGUGGCCUUCGUAAGUAUUACAUGUUGUCCUCUUCUCAUGUCAUGGUGUGAAGGCCAGGUGGUGGGUGGAUAUUGUAAACGUGGUGGUUCUCCAUUAGAACAUUUUGGCUGCGUUUACACAAGCAGUCCAAUUCUGAUCUUUUGCCCAAUUAUUGACAAGAGUUGAUCUGAUUGGUCAAAAGACCAAUUAGUGCAAAAAAAAACAUCAUCAUCACAACCUCUGUUACUGAGACAGUUAAUUUGUAAUGUUUCAUGUAAAUGCAGAUGGCUAUUCCACCAGUAAAGUUAUCUCCAAUUGUGCCUUGUCAACUCCUAGCCAGAAGCAACCACCUGCCCUUUCUCUAACUCUUACCCCCCCCCCCCCCGUAGAAAUCCCUGACUGCAUCCAUGGCAGAGCCAGAGUUUGUUCUGACAGACUUUGCUAAGUUUGAGCGACCAGGACAGCUUCACCUGGGCUUCCAGGCUCUACACAGCUACCAGAGGAAACACCGCAGGCUGCCCAAGCCCUGGUGCCAGGUACACACACACCUGUAUACACACACACACACACACCUGUAUACACACUCACACCUGUAUAUAUAUACACACACACACACACACACACCUGUAUACACACACACACACCUGUAUACACACACCUUUAUACACACACACACCUGUAUAAACAUACACACACCUGUAUACACACACCUUUAUACACACUCACCUGUAUAUACACACACACAAAUAUAUAUAUAUAUAUAUAUAUAUAUAUAUAUAUAUAUAUAAGACAUACAUACACACACACACACACACACACACACACACACACACACACACACACACACACACACACACACACACACACACACACACACACACACACACACACACACACAGAGUGGGGGAAAAAAAGUAUUUAGUCAGCCACCAAUUGUGCAAGUUCUCCCACUUAAAAAGAUGAGAGGCCUGUAAUUUUCAUCAUAGGUACACGUCAACUAUGACAGACAAAUUGAGAAGAAAAAAAAUCCAGAAAAUCACAUUGUAGGAUUUUUAAUGAAUUUAUUUGCAAAUUAUGGUGGAAAAUAAGUAUUUGGUCACCUACAAACAAGCAAGAUUUCUGGCUCUCACAGACCUGUAACUUCUUCUUUAAGAGGCUCCUCUGUCCUCCACUCGUUACCUGUAUUAAUGGCACCUGUUUGAACUUGUUAUCAGUAUAAAAGACACCUGUCCACAACCUCAAACAGUCACACUCCAAACUCCACUAUGGCCAAGACCAAAGAGCUGUCAAAGGACACCAGAAACAAAAUUGUAGACCUGCACCAGGCUGGGAAGACUGAAUCUGCAAUAGGUAAGCAGCUUGGUUUGAAGAAAUCAACUGUGGGAGCAAUUAUUAGGAAAUGGAAGACAUACAAGACCACUGAUAAUCUCCCUCGAUCUGGGGCUCCAUGCAAGAUCUCACCCCGUGGGGUCAAAAUGAUCACAAGAACGCAAAAAUCCCAGAACCACACGGGGGGACCUAGUGAAUGACCUGCAGAGAGCUGGGACCAAAGUAACAAAGCCUACCAUCAGUAACACACUACGCCGCCAGGGACUCAAAUCCUGCAGUGCCAGACGUGUCCCCCUGCUUAAGCCAGUACAUGUCCAGGCCCGUCUAAAGUUUGCUAGAGUGCAUUUGGAUGAUCCAGAAGAGGAUUGGGAGAAUGUCAUAUGGUCAGAUGAAACCAAAAACUCAACUCGUCGUGUUUGGAGGACAAAGAAUGCUGAGUUGCAUCCAAAGAACACCAUACCUACUGUGAAGCAUGGGGGUGGAAACAUCAUGCUUUGGGGCUGUUUUUCUGCAAAGGGACCAGGACGACUGAUCCGUGUAAAGGAAAGAAUGAAUGGGGCCAUGUAUCGUGAGAUUUUGAGUGAAAACCUCCUUCCAUCAGCAAGGGCAUCGAAGAUGAAACGUGGCUGGGUCUUUCAGCAUGACAAUGAUCCCAAACACACCGCCCGGGCAACGAAGGAGUGGCUUCGUAAGAAGCAUUUCAAGGUCCUGGAGUGGCCUAGCUAGUCUCCAGAUCUCAACCCCAUAGAAAAUCUUUGGAGGGAGUUGAAAGUCCGUGUUGCCCAGCGACAGCCCCAAAACAUCACUGCUCUAGAGGAGAUCUGCAUGGAGGAAUGGGCCAAAAUACCAGCAACAGUGUGUGAAAACCUUGUGAAGACUUACAGAAAACGUUUGACCUGUGUCAUUGCCAACAAAGGGUAUAUAACAAAGUAUUGAGAAACUUUUGUUAUUGACCAAAUACUUAUUUUCCACCAUAAUUUGCAAAUAAAUUCAUAAAAAAUCCUACAAUGUGAUUUUCUGGAUUUUAUUUCUUAUUUUGUCUGUCAUAGUUGACGUGUACCUAUGAUGAAAAUUACAGGCCUCAUCUUUUUAAGUGGGAGAACUUGCGCAAUUGGUGGCUGACUAAAUACUUUUUCCCCCCACUGUGUAUAUAUACACUCACACCUAUGUAUGUAUGUAUGUAUGUAUCUAUCACACACACACACACACACAUCUGUAUACACACACCUGUAUACACACACACCUGUGUAUAUACACUACCAGUCAAAGAGAAUGCCAAGAGUGUGCAAAGCUGUCAUCAAGGCAAAGGGUUGCUAUUUGAAGAAUCUCAAAUAUAAAAUAUAUUUUGAGUUGUUUAACACUUUUUUUGGUUACUACAUGAUUCCAUAUGUGUUAUUUCAUAGUUUUGAUGUCUUCACUAUUAUUCUACAAUGUAGAAAUAAAGAAAAACCCUUGAACGAGUAGGCGUGUCCGAACUUUCGACUGGUACUGUAUAUACACACACACACACACACCUGUGUGUAUAUUUAUGUACACACACACACACCUGUGUGUAUAUUUAUGUACACACACACAACUGUAACUGGGCUUCCAGGCUCUACACAGCUACCAGAGGAAACACCGCAGGCUUCCCAAGCCCUGGUGCAUCAAGCUUAGUAACAUGAUUUUAAAAAAAAAUCCCCAUCAAAAUACAUCAGUUUAAGCUAGACAUCCGUUUUUCUGCAUUGGGUGUGUCUCAAUCCGCCUGUGUUGCACUUCUCCAUCUGUGGUGGCAGAACUAGGGCGGUGUUUUGUCAGAGCAUGAGACAGUGUUUUCAGACCACUUGACUUUUUCCACAUUUUGUUACGUUACAGCCUUAUUCUAAAAUUGAUUAUAUCGUUUCUCUUCUUACCAAUCUACAAACAAUACCCCAUAAUGACAAAGCAAAAACAGGUUUUUAGACAUUUUUGCAAAUGUAUUACAAAUAAACUAUCACAUUUACAUAAGUAUUCAGACCCUUUACUCAGUGCUUUGUUGAAGCAUCUUUGGCAGCGAUUACAGCCUCGAGUCUUCUUGGGUAUGACGCUACAAGCUUGGCACACCUGUAUUUGGGGAGUUUCUCCCAUUCUUCUCUGCAGAUCCUCUCAAGCUCUGUCAGGUUGGAUGGGGAGCGUCGCUCCACAGCUAUUUUCAGUUCUCCAGAGAUGUUUGAUCGGGUUCAAGUCCGGGCUCUGGCUGGGCCACACAUUCAGAGACUUGUCCCGAAGCCACUCCUGUGUUGUCUUAGCUGUGUGCUUAGGGUCGUUGUUCUGUUGGAAGGUGAACCUUCGCCCAAGUCUGAGGUCCUGAGCGCUCUGGAACAGGUUUUCGUUAAUCUUUCACUCGAUCCUGACUAGUCUUCCAGUCCCUGCCGCUGAAAAACAUCCCCACAGAAUGAUGCUGCCACCACCAUGCUUCACCGUAGGGAUGGUGCCAGGUUUCCUCCAGACAUGAUGCUUGGCAUUCAUGCCAAAGAGUUCAAUCUUGGUUUCAUCAGGCCAUCAGAUCUUGUUUCUCAUGGUCUGAGAGUCUUCAGGUGCCUUUUGGCAAAUGCCAAGCGGGCUGUCAUGUGCCUUUUACUGAGGAGUGGCUUCCGUCUGGCCACUCUACCAUAAAGGCCUGAUUUGGUGGAGUGCGGCAGAGUUGGUUGUCCUUCUGGAAGGUUCUCCCAUCUCCACAGAGGAUCUAUAGAGCUAUGUCAGAGUGACCAUCAGGUUCUUGGUCACCUCCCUGACCAAGGCCCUACUCCCCCGAUUGCUCAGUUUGGCCUGGAGGCCAGCUCUAGGAAGAGUCUUGGUGGUUCCAAACUUCUUCCCUUUUAAGAUUGCACUGUCAACUGUAGGUUGCGUAGUGGUUAGCCUAAAUCCUGAUGCAUGUCUUACCUUGCUUCAAAGUAGCCUAAAUCCCAGCAUAGGAAUGUGGAGGCAAUUAUUUUCAUAUGCCAUUGAAACCAUUUCUCAUGUUCCAUUGGUUUUCAAAUGAACUUAAUUUCAUUGUCCACUAGCCAAAGGCACAAUCCUAGCAUUCCUGCGCUUAUAAUGUGAAGAAAUAAAAGUUUUAGCAUUUUAAACUAAACGUUCUAAUCUGUUGCAUCAGCCUCUUGAUUUUUUAAAAGUUAUUUUGAUGUACUGGUUGAAUGAAUUAGGGUCUGUCGUCCCACAACUGUCCCAGUCUUUUUGGAAUAGGCUUUCUUUCUCGCACUGAACGACAAGCUGACCAAUAGAAUAGGUGAACUUUUCUACUAUGGGGGAUAGUAGAUUGACAGGUUAGUGAUUCUGCUGUUCGUUACUCGUCUUCUUUGCUGAGGAAAAGUGAAUAUGGACGGUAAUUCUAACGUCUUCAAAUCACGCAUCGGAAUUCGGUAAGUAGGACACGCCGUUGCGUGUUCUGUUAAGAUGAUUACCAUCUAAAUAUGAUUUCUGUCAUUCUGAGCACUGUGGGUGGACACCCUAAUCAGGUUAAGCACCCAAUGCAAAUGGGUCCUGUAAAUCAAAAUGCGGCCGGUCAAAUCGAGGCUUGGGCAGUAUAUCGGGGUAUUUGGAAAUAGCCAUGGGUUGAGUUUUCAAUAGUUUUACUACACAGAAAAUACAUUAGUGCAACACAAAUAGCUUCCAUUUUCAUCAGAUGACAACAGAAGUGCAACGCUAUUUGGCUGUAAAUAAGUAAAAGUCAAUGAGUUUAAUGAAAAGGCGAGGUAUUUUUUGCUAAAUCGAUGCAUGGACAUAUAUUUAUUUUUAUCCUAGAAAGAAUGUAGAAAUUUACAUUCCUAAUGUUUUUCUUAAAGUUAAUCUAGCUUUUUAUCAGAGAAAAGUAGGCUGCUACACCGAGAACAGUAGCUCCACAUCAGUCAGAGCGCUGUCUGCUCAUAGAAUGCCCUUUCAUGAAUUCUCAUCUGACUGGAGAAGUGCAACUGAAGCACGAAAUUAGUCUGAAGCUAAAAUGACAAUAAGAAGCAUUUUAGAUCUACGUUUACAAAAGGCAGCGAGACAUUUCUUAUGCGUUGUCUUUUUUUCCUGGGUGAACAACGCAUAAUUCUGCAUUAAUUCUGCCCCUAAGUGUAACUUGCUAGUUAUGGCCUAAUUAACCAGGUGACGGGGCAUCCUAUAGUGUUGGCUUUCUGCCGAGUUUGAGAAGUCAAAGCCCUUUGGAUGAGUCGUCUGAACAGCUGCCAAUAUCUUGAUUUAUUUGAGGAUGAAAAAAAUGUUUUGUCUCCGUUCUUGGCCCUUCCCUCUUCUCAGAGCAGGCAGGCCGUUGCCCUAGCGACUCCAGACUCCACACAGACACAGCCUGUACACAUGCUGCUCCAGAGACAGUGCUCCAGAGACAGUGCUUCAGAGACAGUGCUCCAGAGACAGUGCUUCCAGAGCCACAGAGCCAGUGCUCCAGAGCCAGUGCUCCAGAGCCACAGAGCCAGUGCUCCAGAGCCACAGAGCCAGUGCUCCAGAGCCACAGAGCCAGUGCUCCAGAGCCACAGAGCCAGUGCUCCAGAGCCACAGAGCCAGUGCUCCAGAGCCACAGAGCCAGUGCUCCAGAGCCACAGAGCCAGUGCUCCAGAGCCAGUGCUGUUCAUUUGCACAAUGUCUCUAGUUUACUCUCUUGCUCCUUCCUGUACAUGUAGAACUUUGAGCCUUUCUUUGCGAUUUUUGUCAUUUUUUUCCCCCCCGUUUGCACUCGUUAGCAUAUUUAGCUAGCAGCCUCCAUGGAAAUUCGCUAUUACUUUUGCUAAUUUUGUUAGCGUUCUGGUAAUAGACGGCCAACGGGCACCCCCUUGUGUACUAAGCCGGUAUUACCGUAAAUCCAAGGAUGAGUGAAGGACGGUAUGGAAAUCUGGAUACCUCCCAACCUGACACACACACUGAUAAUCCCAUUGAAUUUCCAUUGAACUGGUUAUUUGUCGAGCUCAGGCAGAGUCUUGUGAACAGGAGUAAAUAUGUUCUGCUUACUUUCGAUUUCCUGUUUUACGCUCUGUUAUUCUAGUUAUUUAGCAACACCCACAAUCUCCUGGCUAGCAAUUUUUGGAAAUUGUAGCAAAUGCUAGUGCAAAUAGAUUUUUUUUCCCUUUAGCUGCCAUUCAGAAGUUAGUGACCGCUAUUAAUGAAAUGCUUUGUGUGUGUUGCAGGCUGAUGGAGAGGAGCUGGUGUCUCUGGCUAAAGAGGUGAACUCCAGCCAGACGGGGUCAGCUAAGGUGGAGGAGCUGGAUGACAAGCUCAUUAAGAAACUAGCCUUCGUCUCCGCCGGCGACCUGGCACCACUCAACGCUUUCAUUGGUGGACUGGCCGCGCAGGAAGUUCUGAAGGUAAGGAAGCUGCUCACUUCUGGUCUGUGUGGGAUACUGUGUGGGCUGCGUCUCAUGUACUUUGCUCUAAGCAGCAUCUGUGUUGUCAGUGUGGAUGUACUUUGCUCUAAGCAGCAUCUGUGUUGUCAGUGUGGAUGUACUUUGCUCUAAGCAGCAUCUGUGUUGUCAGUGUGGAUGUACUUUGCUCUAAGCAGCAUCUGUGUUGUCAGUGUGGAUGUACUUUGCUCUAAGCAGCCUCUGUGUUGUCAGUGUGGAUGUUGUACCGUAUCUCCAUCGUUAGACGUGUUGGGGCAUGUAGGGAGAGCCUCUCUCCAGACUCCUCUACUGUGUUUUUCUCCCUCAAUAAACCCACCUGUUCUCUCUAGAUGUGUGUAUCAUAAUAUAUACCAUUUAGUAGAUGCUUUAUCCAAAGCAGCUUACAGUACAGUGUGUGCAUUAGUAUGUGAAUGGGAUCCCUGCUAGCAUCCUGUCCAGGGGGUGUACUAAUGGAUCCCUGCUGGCGUCUUGUCCCUCUAUAGUGUCCUGUCCAGGGGGUGUCCCGUCCCUCUAUAGCCUCCUGUCCAGGGGGUGUCCUGUCCCUCUAUAGCCUCCUGUCCAGGGGGUGUCCUGUCCCUCUAUAGCCUCCUGUCCAGGGGGUGUCCUGUCCCUCUAUAGCCUCCUGUCCAGGGGUUGUCCUGUCCCUCUAUAGCCUCCUGUCCCUCUAUAGCCUCCUGUCCCUCUAUAGCCUCCUGUCCAGGGGGUGUCCCGUCCCUCUAUAGCCUCCUGUCCAGGGGUUGUCCUGUCCCUCUAUAGCCUCCUCUCCAGGGGGUGUCCUGUCCCUCUAUAGCGUCCUGUCCAGGGGUUGUCCUGUCCCUCUAUAGCCUCCUGUCCAGGGGGUGUCCUGUCCCUCUAUAGCCUCCUCUCCAGGGGGUGUCCUGUCCCUCUAUAGCGUCCUGUCCAGGGGUUGUCCUGUCCCUCUAUAGCCUCCUGUCCAGGGGGUGUCCUGUCCCUCUAUAGCCUCCUGUCCCUCUAUAGCCUCCUGUCCAGGGGUUGUCCUGUCCCUCUAUAGCCUCCUCUCCAGGGGGUGUCCUGUCCCUCUAUAGCGUCCUGUCCAGGGGUUGUCCUGUCCCUCUAUAGCCUCCUCUCCAGGGGGUGUCCUGUCCCUCUAUAGCAUCCUGUCCAGGGGUUGUCCUGUCCCUCUAUAGCCUCCUGUCCAGGGGGUGUCCUGUCCCUCUAUAGCCUCCUGUCCCUCUAUAGCCUCCUGUCCCUCUAUAGCCUCCUGUCCAGGGGGUGUCCUGUCCCUCUAUAGCGUCCUGUCCCUCUAUAGCCUCCUGUCCAGGGGGUGUCCUGUCCCUCUAUAGCCUCCUGUCCAGGGGGUGUCCUGUCCCUCUAUAGCCUCCUGUCCAGGGGGUGUCCUGUCCCUCUAUAGCCUCCUGUCCAGGGUUGUCCUGUCCCUCUAUAGCCUCCUGUCCCUCUAUAGCCUCCUGUCCAGGGGGUGUCCUGUCCCUCUAUAGCCUCCUGUCCCUCUAUAGCCUCCUGUCCCUCUAUAGCCUCCUGUCCAGGGGUGUCCUGUCCCUCUAUAGCGUCCUGUCCCUCUAUAGCCCCUGUCCAGGGGUGUCCUGUCCCUCUAUAGCCUCCUGUCCAGGGGGUGUCCUGUCCCUCUAUAGCCUCCUGUCCAGGGGGUGUCCUGUCCCUCUAUAGCCUCCUGUCCAGGGGGUGUCCUGUCCCUCUAUAGCCUCCUGUCCAGGGGGUGUCCUGUCCCUCUAUAGCCUCCUGUCCAGGGGGUGUAUUUGUGCUUCAAGCUCCCUCACGCUACAGAAAGAUGGGCUGUUCUGGCCCUCUAUUGGCUGUUCUGGCCCCUUAUGGGCUGUUCUGGCUCGUUCUGGAUCAGACAAGGCUAACUUUCUUACUUAUGUGUUCCAGUGGAAAUUAAACCAACCUUAACACCUAAGCCACACAGGAACCCAACUGUCUCCCCUCUGUAGGCGUGUACAGGGAAGUUCAUGCCCAUGGUCUGUCUGUGUCUCCUAGGCCUGUACAGGGAAGUUCAUGCCCAUGAUGCAGUGGCUGUAUUUUGAUGCUCUGGAGUGUCUGUCUGAGGAAGAGGGAGGAGCCAUGCUCACUGAGGAGGACUGUGCCCCUGUGAGUAUACCCCCCCCCCCCCACACACACACACACACACCUUAUAUACACACACACACACCUUAUAUACAACAACACACACACCCACACACAUACCCACACACACACCUUCCACUCACACAUAACCAAGACACAUACACCCCCAACCACACACACACCCCAACCACAACACCCACACACCCCAAACCACCACACACACCCCUACCACACACACACCCCAACCACACACACCCCAACCACACACACACCUUCCACACACAUCCACCUUAUAUACACUCACACACCCCAACCACACACACCUUAUAUACACACACAUACCACACACACACCUUAUAUAUAUAUAUAUACACACACACACACCUUAUAUACACACAACCACACACACCUUAUAUAUACACACACACCCCAACCACACACACACCUUAUAUACACACACACCACACACACACCUUAUAUACACACACACCUUCCACACACACAUACCACACACACACCUUAUAUACACACAAACACCCCAACCACACACACACACCAACCACACACACAACUACCCCACACACACACCCCAACCACACACACACACACCAACCACACACACAACUACCCCACACACACACCAUCUGUGGCGAUAUGGGUUGGGAACCGUGUGUGGUUAGGUAAAAAGGUGCCGUGGUACGUCUAUGGAACAGACUGAUAAAUAUGCCCGAACACAGAAUCACUAAAAAAAAGUGUUUGACUUGGACCUUAGUCAUAACUAUCCGUAGGCUAGAGAAUGACCUGUUUUUGGGACACUGAUAUGCAGUAUAUAGUCAGUAACAAGAGACCAUGUCAAGGACAAGCUUUUUCUGAUCCACAAUUAAAAAUGGGCAGUUAAACCAAAACUUAGAACGUACUUUCAUCAAAGAGAACUACACACCUGAACCAUAUGUCCACCUGAAGCUAACAGAAAUACCAAGGGCAGUUUGUGCCCAACUCAGAUGCAGCCCCCCCAUGUACCUACUGUGAUCUUGGGGAAAACUAAAUCCAUUAGUGUUUUAUUACCCUCUGUAUGAGGAUCUAAGACAUGUUGGUGAUAACCCUGAAGGAUUCUGGGUACGGGAUGAGCAGAGGCUUGCGUUCUGUUUCAGACGUGGCGUGUUUGAGAUUGCUCAGUUUGUUCACAAUGCCUGGAGAAGGAGAAAUGUACUGUUUGUGUCGUGGGGCUGGAUGGUAGCUGGUUGGGUCGUGGGGCUGGGUGGUAGCUGGUUGGGUCGUGGGGCUGGGUGGUAGCUGGUUGGGUCGUGGGGCUGGGUGGGUCGUGGGGCUGGGUGGUAGCUGGUUGGGUCGUGGGGCUGGGAUGGUAGCUGGUUGGGUCGUGGGGCUGGGUGGUAGCUGGUUGGGUCGUGGGGCUGGGUGGUAGCUGGUUGGGUCGUGGGGCUGGGUGGUAGCUGGUUGGGUCGUGGGGCUAGAUGGUAGCUGGUUGGGUCGUGGGGCUGGGUGGUAGCUGGUUUGGUCGUGGGGCUGGAUGGUAGCUGGUUGGGUCGUGGGCUGGUGGUAGCUGGUUGGGUCGUGGGGCUGGGUGGUAGCUGGUUGGUCGUGGGGCUGGUGGUAGCUGGUUGGGUCGUGGGGCUGGGUGGUAGCUGGUUUGGGUCGUGGGGCUGGGGGGUAGCUGGUUGGGUCGUGGGGCUGGGUGGUAGCUGGUUGGGGGUCGUGGGGCUGGGUGGUAGCUGGUUGGGUCGUGGGGCUGGGUGGUAGCUGGUUGGGUCGUGGGGCUGGGUGGUAGCUGGUUGGGUCGUGGGGCUGGGUGGUAGCUGGUUGGGUCGUGGGGCUGGGUGGUAGCUGGUUGGGUCGUGGGGCUGGGUGGUAGCUGGUUGGGUCGUGGGGCUAGAUGGUAGCUGGUUGGGUCGUGGGGCUGGGUGGUAGCUGGUUGGGUCGUGGGGCUGGGUGGGUCGUGGGGCUGGGUGGUAGCUGGUUGGGUCGUGGGGCUGGGUGGUAGCUGGUUGGGUCGUGGGGCUGGGUGGUAGCUGGUUGGGUCGUGGGGCUGGGUGGUAGCUGGUUGGGUCGUGGGGCUGGAUGGUAGCUGGUUGGGUCGUGGGCUGGUUGGGUCGUGGGCUGGGUGGUAGCUGGUUUGGGUCGUGGGGCUGGAUGGUAGCUGGUUGGGUCGUGGGGCUGGGUGGUAGCUGUUGGGUCGUGGGCUGGUUGGGUCGUGGGGCUGGGUGGUAGCUGGUUGGGUCGUGGGGCUGGAUGGUAGCUGGUUGGGUCGUGGGGCUGGGUGGUAGCUGGUUGGGUCGUGGGCUGGGUGGUUACUGGUUGGGGUCGUGGGGCUGGAUGGGUCGUGGGGCUGGGUGGUAGCUGGUUGGGUCGUGGGGCUGGUGGUAGUUUGGUUGGGUCGUGGGCUGGGUGGUAGCUGGUUGGGUCGUGGGGGGGGCUGGGUGGGUCGUGGGGCUGGGUGGUAGCUGGUUGGGUCGUGGGGCUGGGUGGUAGCUGGUUGGGUCUGGGGCUGGAUGGUAGCUGGUUUGGGUCGUGGGGCUAGAUGGUAGCUUGUUGGGUCGUGGGGCUGGGUGGUAGCUGGUUGGGGUCGUGGGCUGGUUGGGUCGUGGGGCUGGGUGGGUCGUGGGGCUGGGUGGUAGCUGGUUUGGGUCGUGGGGCCGGAUGGUAGCUGGUUGGGUCGUGGGGCCGGGUGGUAGCUGGUUGGGUCGUGGGGCUGGGUGUAGCUGGUUGGGUCGUGGGGCUGGAUGGUACGCUGGUUGGGUCGUGGGGCUAGAUGGUAGCUGUUGGGUCGUGGGCUGGGUGGGUCUGGGGCUGGGUGGUAGCUGGUUGGGUCGUGGGGCUGGAUGGUAGCUGGUUGGGUCGUGGGGCUGGGUGGUAGCUGGUUGGGUCGUGGGGCUGGGGGGUAGCUGGUUGGGUCGUGGGGCUGGGUGGUAGCUGGUUGGGUCGUGGGUGGUGGUAGCUGGUGGGUCUGGGUGGGUGUAGCUGGUUGGGUCGUGGGGCUGGAUGGUAGCUGGUUGGGUCGUGGGGCUAGAUGGUAGCUGGUUGGGUCGUGGGGCUGGGUGGUAGCUGGUUGGGUCGUGGGGCUGGAUGGUAGCUGGUUGGGUCGUGGGGCUAGAUGGUAGCUGGUUUGGGGUCGUGGGGCUAGGUGGUAGCUGGUUGGGGUCGUGGGGCUGGGUGGUAGCUGGUUGGGUCGUGGGGCUGGGUGGUAGCUGGUUGGGUCGUGGGGCUGGGUGGUAGCUGGUUGGGUCGUGGGGCUGGGUGGUAGCUGGUUGGGUCGUGGGGCUAGAUGGUAGCUGGUUGGGUCGUGGGCUGGUUGGGUCGUGGGGCUGGGUGGGUCGUGGGGCUGGGUGGUAGCUGGUUGGGUCGUGGGGCUGGAUGGGUCGUGGGGCUGGGUGGGUCGUGGGGCUGGGUGGGUCGUGGGGCUGGUUGGGUCGUGGGGCUGGGUGGGUCGUGGGGCUGGGUGGUAGCUGGUUGGGUCGUGGGGCUGGGUGGUAGCUGGUUGGGUCGUCAGACACACUGCAGGUACAGAACACCUGCUUCUGUAGAGUGAUCUCUCUCUUUGUUCCCCCCCCAGAGGAACAGUCGUUAUGACGGCCAGAUCGCUGUGUUUGGCUCCCAGCUGCAGGAGGAGCUGGCUAAACAGCGCUACUUCCUGGUUGGGGCUGGCGCUAUUGGCUGUGAGCUGCUGAAGAACUUUGCCAUGAUCGGAUUGGCCAGCGGGGAGGGUGAGGUCAUCGUGACAGACAUGGACACCAUAGAGAAAUCCAACCUCAACAGACAGUUCCUCUUCAGGUGAGCGAGGGAGGGAGAGGAGUGGCAGACCUAUACCAUGGAGGGUUUUAAAUAGCUUGGCCUUUUAAUCAGUGAUUUUACUGUUUUAGACAUUGCUUGCAUCCCAAAUGGUACCCUAUUUACUAUAUAGUGCACUACAUUUGAUCAGGGACCAUAGGGGUCAUUUCAAACGUAGUGCACUAUAUAGGGAGAACGAUACCAUUUUAAUCAUUCAUAUUUUAUUGGCACUUGUUUAUUUUCUAAAGUGUUGCUCUUUUUAAAUAGUAGUUUGGUUUGUAUUCAGGCCGUGGGACGUGACCAAGAUGAAGAGUGAGACGGCUGCAGCGGCGGUGAAGCAGAUGAACCCGUCCAUCCGGAUCACGGGACACCAGAACCGCGUCGGGCCCGACACCGAGCGCGUCUACGAUGACGACUUCUUCGAGAGCCUCCACGGAGUCGCCAAUGCACUGGACAACGUCGACGCA